UUUUGUCCUACAUACAAAUAAAAAUUAGUCGUAAAUUCAUGUAAAAUGUAAAUAUAACAUAAAAAGGUGCUAGGACAUGUUCACUGAAAUAGAAACCGGAUCCAAUGUGGUGGGCCAUUAAGAAGAUACAACUGAAAAAUGUGACAGAACCUGGUAUUGCCUACAAACAAAUGAUGGUUGCUCUGAAGAAUAUAGGAGACAGGGAAAAUGUUUCAACAAACCUUUGGGAGGAUCCGCAGAAACAACAGUGGUCUCGUAGAAAACCUUACAAAUGGAAUAUAAUACAUCUACCCUCGAAGGGUGUAAUGAGAUUAAAAAUGUUUGCAGAUGGAAGAGAAAUUCUUGAUUCUGGAGAUGUUUAUGAUGCUAAACCAAUACUUGGUGGAAAAAUUGGAUUUUAUUUAAGCAGUCAGAAAGAUGUUCUUUAUUCAGAUCUAUCUUUUAGAUGUUUGGACCCAGAGAAAAGGGCAAACCUUACUGAAACUGGAAAGGACUACAAUAAUGAUGGACCAGAAAACAACUUAUCAGGAAACAAAAAUGUAACUAAUUUAAAUGAUGACAAGGAAAAAAUGUUAUCAUUAAAUAAAACUGACACAGAAUCAACAACAAUAGGUAAUGUAAGAAAUAAUACAUUAACAAUUCUAUUUGUAACCAAGAUGGACAAUGAUGGCUCAAAAAAAAAUAACAAAGUAAACAGUAAUGAAAUAAAUGUCACUACACUAGCUCAAUCUGUUACGGAGGCUGGUAAUGAUUAUAUGAACGAUGAGGAAGAAUAUGACCUUAAUGCUUCUAGUAAGAAUGAUACCAUAGAUUAUGAUGCAGAUAAUACAACCAAAAAUAAAGAAACCAACUCUACGACAACAACUGAAUCCAUAACAGAAUCUGGUAAUGAUUAUAUGAAUGAGGAUGAAGAAUAUGAUGGUAAUGUUUCCGCUAAGAAUGAUACCAUAGAUUUUGAUGCAAAAAACACAACAAAAAAUAAAGAAACAAACUCUACAACAACGGCUGAAUCUGUAACAGAAUCUGGUAAUGAUUAUAUGAAUGAGGAUGAAGAAUAUGAUGGUAAUGCAAAUGCUAAUAAUGAUACCAUAGAUUAUGAUGCAGAUAACACAUCAAAAAGUAAUUACACCAUUACACCAACAGCUGAAUCUGUAACAGAAUCUGGUAAUGAUUACAUGAAUGAUGAUGAUGAAUAUAAUAGUGAUAUUUUUACUAUUAAUCAUAGCUUAGAAACUGAAGGUGUUAAAACAACAAAAACAGAGGAAACAAGCACUACAACAAAAGCUGAAUCUGUAGAAGCUGGUGUUGAUUAUAUGAAUGAGGAUGAAGAAUAUGAUGGUAAUGCUUCUGCUAAUAAUGAUGCAGAUUACUUAACUACAACAGCUGAAUCUGUGACAAAAGCUGGCAAUUAUUACAUGAAUGAAGAUGAAGAAUAUUAUGAUGAAUAUUCUGCUUCUAGUAAUGUCACAGAAACAAGAGAUGAUUUCAACCCAGAAGACCAUGAAACAAACAAGGCAACAAGCUUUCAAUCCAUAAAUGAGGCAGGCAAUGAUUAUAUGAAUGAGGUUGAAGAAGAAAAUACUUCUAUUAGUAGCAACAUUAUAACAGCUGAAGUAGAUUACAAGAUAGAAGAAGACAAUACAACAAGCAAUCUAUCCACUAUUCAAUCUGUAGAGGUAGCUGGCAAUGACUACAUGAAUGAUGAUAAAGAAUCAAAAGAAAAAGCUUCCACUUUGAGUGACAUUAUAACUGCUGAAGUAGAUUACAUGAUAGAAGAAGACAAUACAACAGGCAAUCCAUCCACUAUUCAAUCUAUAGAGGGACCUGGCAAUGACUACAUGAAUGAUGAUAAAGAAUCAAAAGAAAAAGCUUCCACUUUGAGUGACAUUAUAACUGCUGAAGUAGAUUACAUGGUAGAAGAAGACAAUACAACAGGCAAUCCAUCCACUAUUCAAUCUAUAGAGGGACCUGGCAAUGACUACAUGAAUGACGAUAAAGAAUCAAAAGAAAAAGCUUCCACUUUGAGUGACAUUAUAACUGCUGAAGUAGAUUACAUGAUAGAAGAAGACAAUACAACAGGCAAUCCCUCCACUAUUCAAUCUAUAAAGGGAGCUGGGAAUGAUUACAUGAAUGAUGAUAAAGAAGAAUCAAAAGAAAAAGCUUCCACUUUGAGUGACAUUAUAACAGCUGAAGUAGAUUACAUGAUAGAAGAAGACAAUACAACUAGCAAUCCAUCCACUAUUCAAUCUGUAAAGGGAGCUGGGAAUGACUACAUGAAUGAUGAUAAAGAAGAACCAAAAGAAAAAGCUUCCACAAUGGGCAAUGUUGUAACUGCUGAAGUUGAUUACUUAACAGAAGCAGAAAAUGAUUCAGGAAAUUCUGCUCCUUUUGAAUCUCUUAAGGAAGGUGGCAUUGAAUUCUUGGAUGAGGAAAGCUCUGUUAGUCGCACAUUCUCUGAUGACAAUGAAUUGAACUUUACAACUACAGAUAACCCUAACAAUAAUAAAACUGAAGAGAACCACCCAGCAACUAUCUCUCAUUCUGACAUAAACAACUUGGAUCCAGGGCUUAAUCAUACUGAUGACAACAAACAACCCCUUAAAACUAAUUUGGAAAAUAAAACAGAGUUAACUAAACAAAAUCAGAAAACAGACUAUUAUGUGCACUUGAAUAUUUCAAGUAAAGCAUCUCCUGAGCCAGGAAAUGACUACAGCAAUAACAACGAGAAGAUAGAAAACUCUGAACUAACGGAUACAUCAGAAUAUGUAGCAUAUGCUGAAUAUGAAAAUAACAAGACUCAAACAACAGAACAGUCCAUCAAAUCGGAAAUUCCAACAACUGUAGGAAAUAUCCAAGAAAACAGUACUAAAGAGACUAGUAGUACGAUCAAGAAACAUGAUUUAGAAACCAUUACAAAACCUGAAAAUAGCAAAACACAGAAUUUAGAUAUAGAAAACAAGACAGUUAGUACAACUGUUAACAGUUUAGGAAAAGAAAUCACUUCUAAAGCAAUCAAAGAUACAAAACUGUCAAACAAAGAUGAGAAAACAAAUGCAAAUAACUCAUCAAAAGACAAGCGUAACAUCCAGGUUAAAACGAUUGAAGCCAAAAAAGAUAAUUCUGUGCAAGAUCUGAAAGGAGAAGCUGUAAUGGUCAGGAAAGAGGAUGAAAACUAUUUAAACAUGAAUGUAGAUCCUGUCAAUAAUGAAGAUCUUUUGCGUUCAAACAAAUUAAUAGGCUCUGAAUCAGCAAAACAAAAGCCACCAACAUUUACAGAAGUUAUAGUAGAGAAUGAUAAACUAAGAGAGAUAACUACACAAAUGUUUUCUGAACUUAAAUCUGAGGAAAAGAAUCUGAAAAAACUCUACAUAAUCACUGAAGCAUCUGGCAAUUUUUACAUAAUAAGACUUUAAACAUGACAAGAACAAAAUAAACUGUUCUUACCGCAA